UUGUUUUUACUCACAAUGGCGUCAGGCGCACCCCAAUUGAAAGAUGCUUCUCUCCUGAAGACAUCCUGCUAUGUCAACGGAGAAUGGAUCAGCGCGGCAUCGAGCAAAGUCUUCUCUGUUGAGAACCCUUCCACACUCGCUGAAGUUGCCAAGUGCCCGGAAUUCGACGAGAAGGACACUGAAGCCUCCAUCCUCGCCGCCCACGAUGCCUUCAAAACCUACCGCAAGACGCCUGCACGAGUCAGGGCACGCUAUCUGCGAAAGUGGUUUGACCUGAUGAUGGAAAACGCAGAGGACCUCGCCACCAUCAUCACCCUCGAGAACGGCAAACCGCUGGCCGACGCGAAGACCGAAGUUAACUACGCCGCGUCCUUCUUCGAAUGGUUUUCCGAGGAAGCUCCGAGGAUAUACGGCGACACCAUCCAGGCGAGCAACCCCAGCUGCAGGCUCGUCAUCCUCAAGGAGCCUGUCGGCGUCUGCGGACUAAUCGCUCCUUGGAACUUUCCCGCUGCCAUGAUCACCCGGAAAGUCGGUCCGGCUCUGGCUGCCGGCUGUACCGUGGUGGUCAAGGCCCCUGCUGAGGCGCCCCUGACGGCGUUGGCGCUCGCCGAACUCGCGCAUAGAGCCGGCAUUCCCGCCGGCGUGGUCAACGUCAUUACGGCUUUGGAUAACACCGUCUCCGUGGGCAAGGUGCUGACGACUCACCCGAUCAUUAAGAAGGUGUCGUUUACAGGCUCGACAGGUGUCGGAAAGCUCCUGAUGAACCAGUGCUCAUCGACCUUGAAGAAGCUGUCUUUUGAACUGGGUGGAAACGCCCCUUUUAUCGUCUUCGAGGACGCAGAUCUCGAUACUGCCCUUAAGGGCUUGAUCGCGUCCAAGUUCAGGAUAUCAGGCCAGACUUGCGUGUGUGCGAACCGCAUCCUCGUGCACCAUUCGGUUUACGACAAAUUCACCAAGAUGGUGGUGGACGCGAUCAAGAGCUUCGUGAUUGGUGACGGAUUUGCCGACACGACGACUCACGGCCCCUUGAUUCACGGCCGCGCGGUAGCCAAGGUGGAUGAGCACGUCAAGGAUGCUGUUUCCAAGGGCGCGAGGGUUCUGCUCGGUGGCAAGCCUCUGACUGAGAUCGGUCCCAACUUUUUCGACAUAACGGUGUUGGCUGACAUGAAGCCCGGCAUGAAGGUUUGCUCGGAGGAGACUUUCGGCCCUCUAGCUGCCUUCUUUGCCUUUGACUCGGAAGAGGAAGCGAUUGAGAUGGCGAACGACGCGGAUGUUGGUCUUGCGGGUUACUUUUUCAGCAGAGACGUGUCUCGAUGCUGGAGGGUAGCAGAAGCUUUGGAGGUUGGCAUGGUUGGUGUGAAUAUCGGUGCCAUCAGCGAUCCGGCAGCGCCGUUUGGUGGAGUCAAGCAGAGUGGUUUCGGUAGGGAGGGUAGCAAGUACGGCAUUGACGAGUUUUUGGUGACAAAGAUGGUUAUGACGGGUAUCGAGUAA